AAGACAUUAAUGACCAGCAACAAUCAGACCAGUGUUACAGAAUUCAUUCUUAUUGGAUUUUCGAAUCACCCUGAGCUUCAGGUACCCUUGUUCAUCAUCUUCCUUUUUGUUUACGCAAUAACUCUAACUGGAAAUCUCCUCAUCAUUCUUGUCACAACAAUAGAUCCUGCACUUCAGAACCCCAUGUACUUCUUCCUCCGAAACCUUUCCUCUUUAGAGAUCUGUUUCAAUUUGGUCAUCGUCCCAAAGAUGCUGGCCAAUUUCCUGAUAGAGAACAAGACAAUUUCUUAUGCUGGCUGUGCCACACAAAUGUAUUUUUUCUUUUUCUUUGGUGCAGCUGAAUGCUGCCUCCUUGCUGCAAUGGCAUAUGACCGUUACAUUGCCAUCUGCAACCCAUUACGCUAUCCGGACAUUAUGAACAGAAGAGCUUGCUUCCAACUGGCGGCUGCAUCGUGGUUCUCAGGCUUCCCUGUCUCUACAGUACAGACCACAUGGAUAUUCAGCUUGCCAUUUUGUGGGCCUAACACAGUCAAUCAUUUCUUCUGUGACAGCCCCCCAGUGCUAGAACUGGCAUGUGCCGAUACCUACAUGUUCGAAAUUGAAGCUCUCACGGCCACCGUGCUCUUCAUCAUGUCCCCUUUCCUCUUGAUUCUGCUCACUUAUGUUCACAUCAUCACUACAAUCUUGAGAAUGCCCUCUGCUGAAGGCAGGCAUAAAGCCUUCUCUACGUGUUCAUCUCAUCUUGUGGUGGUUACUUUGUUUUAUGGCACAGCCACAUCUACCUACUUCAGACCUAAAUCCAGCUAUUCACCAGAUACAAAGAAGAUCCUCUCUCUCUCCUACACAGUCAUCACACCCAUGUUAAACCCCAUCAUCUACAGCCUGAGGAACAAGGAGGUAAAAGGUGCAGUGAAGAGAACAUUAUGCAGGAGAAUAUUUGCCCAGAACAAAUCAAGUAUUCGUUGA